AUGGCAGACACUACUUCUACCACUUACAAUGCAUUGCUUGGCAGGGACUGGAUCCACCAGAGCCUAUGUGUUCCUUCCACUCUGCAUCAGAAACUAGCCUUUUGGAAUGAAGAAGGUUUCAUGGAGAUAAUAGAGGCCGAUCCACAGCCAUUUCUGCCCUCUGCCAUGUGUUUUGAGGCAAGGUAUUAUCAUGAUGACCUUGGUCCGUUCACAUUCCUUGGAGUCAACCAGAACGGCCGCCCUCAUGGUUUCACGGCCUAG